GGAAGGUCGUGAUACUAGUGAAGAAGAAAGGAGUUGUGAUGACGAACUUGUAUCUUCAUACAAGAAAAUUCUCAACUGGUGUGAUGGUGUGUUACUACGACACCUUGAUGAAACUGGGUGGGUGUAUAGAAUAUUUAUUGUUUGGUUUUUGCACAGGGAAUUAACCUAUUACAUUAAUAACGCGCUUGUUGUAUUAACGGAAAGAUAAGAAGAAAGAAAUUUACUUAUCAAAUGAUUCUGGCUGUGGUGGGCGGCACCGGACUGCACUGCACUCUCACUGGGUUGCCCCCUACCCCACAUAAGAUUCAAAACAUGUUCAUUUGAUAUAUCAAAUCAUUUGAUAUAAGAUUCGAGACAUCUUUCUAGAGAACAAAACAUGUUCAUAUUAAGUAGUAGUUAUGGUGCCGCCCAGCAUUCGCGGCAAAACUGAAUCUUCCCCCUAGAAUUUAGAAGUAUAUGUGAUAAAGUAACAUCUAUAUAGUGGAUUUUGUUGAUGCAAACAAUACUGUGAUUAUUUGGUGAAACAUAAUCUUGAACGGUCAGUGUAGGAGUGCCAAUUAGCCAUUCCGAAGUUGAUGAGUGGACUGGGGACGAGUGUUAAAAAGUGCCGAAAUUAAGAAAUGAACCAAAUCACUAAAAAGACCACCUCAAAAUUAGUAAGUAUACAAAGUUUGAAAACGUUUACAUGAAUAUUGUGAAAUUACUGAUUAAAAGAUUAUUUUGAGGACGCGUGUCCCCAAAACAAAAAUCACAGUACAUUUCAUAGUAAAUAUCCCGAUUUUCGAAAGAUUAUUCGAAGGGUGAUUCCUGUAAACGUCUUCAAACUUUGUAUACUUGCUAAUUUUGAGGUGGUCGUUUUGGUGAUUUGGUUCAUUUCUCAAUUUGGGCACUUUUUAACACUCGUCCCCAGUCCACUCAUCAACUUCGGAAUGGCUAAUAAUAAGAAAGCUGCGGAUUGAUAGGAAUAGAGAUUAAUAGCGACGCAACUACCUGAAAAAUGCAAGGAGCCGGCAGGGAAAGGACCGGCAAGGAGUACAAGGCAGGUAACUACUACUCACUUGUAUUUUACAGGUAGUUGUUAACAUACAGUAUUGACUACCAGUAAUUUAGUAAAAAGCCAUACUCAUGAGUAUGAAUUAUCUUAAGACCAUUAAAAUUUGAAAGCUUUCAGGGAAGCAUGUUUUUCGGCAGGUAUUCUCUUGGUCCUGGGCAGAACCCUGUAUCAUAUCCACACAUUGCGUGAUUCAAUUAUCUUACUACUUUGUUACGAGUUCAAUUAAGUUAUUUCUACACUGGAGCGAUUAUUUUAAAUCUAGUAAUCGCUACUCUAUAUUUAGUUCCUCUCUCGUUGUUGGGGUUUCUCAAUGGCUGAAAUUUCUUAUUUUCUUCAGUGAGAAUGAGCAAGCACCCAGACGAAGAAGUUUUUAUAAUGAAUCGCAACCAGCAGAGUUCAUUAUCUCCAUUUUGAAGGUAGGAACUAGGGGCCUUUUGGGAAAAACAAAGCAUCUUCAGGAAUGGAUUAGUUAUCGGGGAGGGGAGGACUACGCAAGAGGGGAUAUCAGGGUCGCUCGAUUUCCAUAUUGAAUCCAAUUCCUGAGCAUCAUCAAAUGAAAUGGCAUGGAAUUUUAUUUUUUGAGUUCGCUUUGAUCAUCUGGGUAACUUUCGUUUUGAUAAUCAUAUUUUUCUUUUUUCCCACAAGCGUCAGUAUUUUCCAUCUCUACCACGAGUUUGGCUCUUGGAACUUACCCAGACUGUUUCCCCAGAACAUUACCAUAACCCCCUUGCCGUAUCCUGAGCUAGCGUGUAUGGCUCUGGGUACCAGCUUAAUUGUUGAAGGGGUUGAUGGGAUAUGUAGAUGGAGAUUUUCUUGGGGAUUUUUUAUACAGCUCGAACCACAAGUACAUGUCUUGUAAAUGCGACAUGCGUGACGAUUGCCAUAAUUUAAAUAUGUAACUAAAUUGAAGGAGUGUGGCCGGCUAUACGAAGUGUAAAUAGCUAGAUUCUUGUGAGUACAAGUGUUUUAAAAUUAAAACGAACCCAGGACCCAGGUUUAUCUGAUCGGUGUCCACAUGUCUAAAUCUAAGGUGAUGUCAAUGUACGGUAUAUGAGAUAAUGUAAGGGGCAUCUCUUUAAUCUUUAAAUCGCUUUAUUUAACCACUAAAAUUGGUAGGUAUAACAGGUUACCCAAUAGACCUUAUACAUAAUGACGUCACAAGGCUUUUGAUGCCCGCGAGGAGUGCUGGUCUUAGUAGUCAUCGCCAGGGAAAAUUAAACAAUUCAAAAUGGCCACUAUCGAAAUUUUCCCGGGCGAUGACUACCAAGACCAGCACUCCUCGCGGGCAUCAAGCCUUGUGACGUCAUUAUGCAUAAGGUCUGUUACUGUGCCCCACCAACUGUCUCACUUGAUAUAACUAAUAAUUGUUGAAGGAAGAGAGGUUAACCUUGCCAUGGUCGCCGGUUGUGUCCAGUACUUACUCAGCACCCUCCCCCUGUAUAUGGGAUGAAGCUGGACCCCCGCUCAGUUUUUUUAUUAUAGCAUUCGAUUGCAUGCACAUGUUUGUUUUUCCUAGAACUUGUUGAUGUUAUUUGCUGAACUCGUGGUGAUUGGAGUUAACAGAGAUGAACUGAACAUGUCAUUGGCAACAUUUACGUCAUCUGUACUAAAGUUUGGUAUGUUUUUGAUGUUUGAAAUUAAGAAUUAGUGCCAGUUAGUUGUAGGAGACAGAUUGCUCUAUUAUAUGAAGCCCACUCAUUUGUGGUCGUUUUAGUUAUUGCAUGCUAUAAUCAGCGAUAUUUUAAGUAAUUUGUGAACCCUCUGAGCGAAGCGUAUGCAUGAUACUUUUUCCAUUCCUCUUUUUCCUUCUGUAAGUAUAUUGUUCUAAAAUCUGCCAUCCUCCCUCUCAAAGUCAAUUGGCUGGCCGCACACUAGGUCCCGCAGUGAAGACAUCUUAGAGAUACAGUUUUAGUACAGAAGGAAACUAUAGAGUAGGAGCAGAAACGCCGGCAGCGCUCUUCUCCCAUGCAAACGAGGCGAAAUGAUCAAAAACACGACAUAUUUCAAAAAUCAAAGCUCGCAUGGAGAUGCCAGGUCACAUUCACAAACACUGCUUAAGCACGCCACAAACAGAGAGACUAGCGCUAAAUCUCUGCACGUUUGUUGAUUACCAAACUUCAGAAAAGAAAACUCCUAUUGAUCCACAGAAAUUUAUAAACAAGCUUUUUUUUUACAAUCAUAUCUAAAAAAAUCACAUACAGCUGUGAUUGAAGGAUUGAACAACAGAACUAGAAUCCCAUUCUAAGUCCAUCCAUCUAACACUAAAACACGACAUAUUACAGACUACAAACUGGACAACGUAAUACUGAUUUUACAGGCCUUUACACUAUAUAAAACAUGCAAGAAUACUACACUACUGUCAAAAUUAUUUGCAUGCGUGGUUCAGAUUUGAUCCCGCCACUUUUGGGAAGUUUGCUUUGAAUUUUAGGUUAACCUAGGGUCUUGCUAACCGGCUUUUGAACAACCGACCCCAGGUGUCGACGAAUAUAACCUUCCUUGGAGAACGGUGUCUUGCCUUAACUUCGUUGUCUUAUUUAAAUCGUUUGUUUUGUAGAGAAAACCAUCGUUUUGUUGCCCGAGAUUGGGAGGUUAAUGUACCAAAUUUCUCAAGGCAUCAGUUAUUCUGAUGGUAAGUUAAAAAUCUUGCAUUACAAAUGUUUUAUUCCACUGUAAUAUAUACAAACAAGCUUUCGUUGGUACGGACGCAACUACCUCGAAAAUAUAAGCAGAAUUUCGACGUUUCGAGCGAAGGCCCUUCGACCCCCCACUAGUAACUCCAGACGAAGGGCCUUCGCUCGAAACGUCGAAAUUCUCCUUGUCUUUUUCAGGUAGUUGCAUCCCUACAAACGAAAGCUUGUUUGUAUAUUAUUAGAUAGCUUAAGAUCUACGACGUCGACGCCAGCUAGGACGUCAGAGCUAUAAAGCAUAGGACUGGGACUAGGACGUCGUCCUAAAUAAAUAAACUUCCACUUAUAUAUUAAGUUUUACGACUUAGACAUUUAAACUAUAAAUAUUUACAUACUUUUGAAAAUGAAUUUAAAAGAGCUGUGUGAACCCAUUACCGUUUGUUAUGCUCUCGUAUUUACGACGGUAAAACUCUUGUUGUGAGGUUGUCGACGUUUGGUGAACGACGAGCAAAUUCACAUGCAUACUUCAAAAACUAUUACCAAUUCACUUCUGCUUGCGACCCUAAAUAUUUGACGUCGUAGAUACUUGAGUUAUCGACUUAUUCAGGACGACGUACCAGUCCUCUGCUUAGCCCUGACGUCCUAGCUGGCGUCGACGUCGUAGAUCUUAAGCUAUCUAUUAUCUACACUGGUACAGACCGUUCAAUGUAAUAUAUACACUCUUUCAAUAAUUGCUAUAUGCACUCUAAAAAUGUUUAUUAAAAUUCCCUCUCUCUAGACAAUUCAAAUGUAGAUUUUAACCCUGUCAAGAUUAUCCUUGUAAAUAUGUUUAAUACAGCCAUAGUAUGUCGUCAUCCCGAAAAACAAGAGGUAUCGUAAAUAAAGCCUUUAACUCAUUUACCAACACUGAAGCCCGUUCUUUAAUUCACGCGCAACCGUAUAGAACCUUAAUAUUUUGUCGAAUAUAGCCAAGAAUUAUUUGGACAUGCAUAAAAUUUUUGCCAAAUACGUUAAACUUACUUUUAGACGCACACACAUGCUCUUAUUAUUUCCAAGGCUGCUUCAAAUUAGGAUACAUAUUUACACCUGUUAUAUUAUUGUAAAUAGGAGAGGCACCUCACCUGACACCAGUAUACUAUAUGUGCGAGGUAUCCGAGUAAUUUUUGUAGCACGUUGAUACUUUAAUUUUUUUUCUAGAUUAUAAUGUCUCUCCGUGCAAUCUUGGUGGAAAUGUUCAAGAUGUUUCUACAAAAUAAUCGUAUAACCCAGGCAGAUGUAAAAGAAACUCUUCUUUACGUUAUUGUGGACACCAUGUUGAAAGAUUUAGUGUCUGCUAUAGAGCAGGUUUGUUUGUUAGGGCCAGAUUAUGUUAUGCUGUAGGUCCUAAAAGAUCAAUAAAUCUUCUUACUCCUUUUAUUUAUGGUCUCUUGCAUCAUCCUUCGUAGAUCUCUUCCAUAAUCUUCUUAACUCAAGGACUGUUCAUUAUGUACUGUUUAUUAAUAAACGAGCAGGAGUUUUUUAUUAGACCUAAUAAAACACGACCUGCGAGUUUAUUAAACGGCUUCAAACACGACUACAAAUUCAAUAAGCCUUAUUAGUAUUCUCUAUAUAAAGAAUACUAAUGAGGACACGACUACGAUAGGUACUACCUUAAUAGUAUACUUUAUAUUAAGAAUACUAAUUAGGAGUGUUUUAUCAGGUUUAAAGCCACUGCACGUGACAUAUUAUGGUUGACAUGAUUUGCCAAUAAGCUUAUGAAUUAUUAAUGAGUGUUUGAAUAACAUUUAACACAGGAAGGGUGUUUGGGGGGGAGGGGGGGCUGGUUGGAAGCUGAGAGAGAAACAUGAACCCCGUUAACUUCGUUUUAAAAAUUUCCAACACUGUCCCCUCUACCAUGCAUAGGGUUUUCAGUAGUGUGUUUAACCAUGGUGACUGGUUAAUAUACAAAGUUUUUAAAAAGAAACCGCUCAAAGAAUUCCUACGGUCAGCUGCGAACUAGAAAAGAACCGUGCAAUUAAUAAUAUUGCUGUCCAUGAUUCAAUUCACGAUAAAAAGCCAAGUCGAGCGAUAAUUCAUGUUUAACGCUAAUACGUGUACCUAUUAGUGUUGAUACACUGUUAGGCCCAAAGUCGAAACUGCCAGGGCAUUGCUGUGGAGACACAGGGUAGGACGCAGCACGAGUUGUGACAGUUGCAUUGGGACAUAUAUUUGUGGGCGGAGGGGGCUGUAUGCAUCCUUUAUCGGCUGAUAGUUUCAGCAAAUAUAAAACUAAUGUUAUUCCAAAAAAUCUAUGCAUUUUAACAACACAUAUAUCACAUCUAACUAACACAUCUUGUAUAGAUACUGCUGAAGAUGAAUCAAAAUAGAUUCGAAAUAUACAGUUCUUUAAAUAAAUGUGUUGUUAAAAUGCAUACAUUUUUCGGAAUAACAUUAGUUUUAUAUCUGUAUGCAUCCUUCCAGCAGAAAAUGAAAGACCUUCAGCCCUCAUUUUAAUUAUUCAUCACCCUCCUCCAUCGUGCCAUGCUCUUCUCCCAGUGAUCCAACCGAUGUCUGUUCCUUCCUGACAGCAAUCUCUCCUCAGUAAAAACUUCUUAACUUGUUUACAUCGUGUUUCCCCCUGUAGAAUCCAUCGUUGACAAGUGAAAGUAAAAUGGCUAAUCUGCCAGACACAUGCUAUCUUUUGUUAGACAUCAUUCUCAAGUCAAAACAG